AAUUCUCUAUAUUUUCACCAAAUAUCUACAGAACUCCAUUUAGAUGCUUAACAGUACACAAGUGACCGUGUUCUGAUGGAAGACUGGGUCGAGUUUAGUGAUAACCAAUCAGAGGACGUUUCUAGGAAAGCUUAAAAGCUUAUCUUCAAUUUAUGAUUUUAGGCGCCAUGUUUGAAAAUAUCAAAAUAUAAUUUUACUCAAAAAUGUAGUUUUUUAUUCGUUUUAUCAUUUUAUUGUGCAUAUUUUAGGAUUUGAAAAGAAUGUUAUUUUAGUGUUAACAAGUGAAUUACUUUCAAGUGCUCAUUGCAGCUUCAAAUUUCAGGUUUGAGAUUUUAUUGUUGAAUUAUGCCAAAAAAUGAAAGAAAAUAAGCUGUUACUUGAUGGACGUGUUGGGAGCAGUACUCCAUUACCUAACAAUGGAAGGAGAAAGAAAGAACGAGGAAUUCCAAGUGCAGUUGAGGAGAGAAUCCAGCACAGUCACAAACGAUUAGCAGAUGCUGGAAGAAGACCACUUAAAGGAUCAAUUGCAAAGUCUGGGACACAUAAAGCUCAUUUUAUUCCACCACCAGCGAGAACUUCGCCUGGUAAAAAUAAGAAAAUCUCAUGGGAGGGCAAAACACACAGAUUGGAUAUCACCAAUGCUGGUAAUCUUACAAAUACAAAACGAUCGUUGCAUAUUGAAGAAUUAAACUCACCAGAGGAUGAAGAUAAAAUGAGGGUUUAUGAGCGAACAAUUGGGAACUUGAUGGAUGAGAUAGGAACGUUAAGAGAUGAGGUUCAUAGUGGAAAUGGUUUGAGAUCUGGAUUGAAGAAAGACGAACAGUUAAACGCGAGUAAACGGUUGAUUGAGGAACAAGAAGACGAAAUAUCGGAUUACCGUAACGAACUGCAGACAACUUUGAAUGAAAAUAAAGAAUUGAGGACCUCAUUGGACAGAUUGCGAGAUCAUGCAAAUAGAUCAAGAUCUGAAGUUGAGAUUGUUUCUCAAGAACGUGAUGUCCUUGUAAAGAAACUCAUUGAAACCGAGAUGGACGCUAAAUCAACCAGUCAUAUGGUACUAAAACUAAAGGAAACUGUCAAUAAAUUAAAAAAAGAUCAUCGUCUGUCGUCAUCUGAUGUCGUCACGUUGUUAAGACAAAAAGAAAGUCUGUUGAGAAAACUCAAUGAUUUUGAAACUACAAACAAAGCUCUCAGAAAGCUAUUGAAAGAACAAAGUGAAUACGAGCAUAAAGGGGAAAAACAUAAAGAAAAAUAUGAUUUGCUGUUACAGCGUUUAGCUGAAUCAAAUGAAGAGAACAAGAAUCUUUUGUUGAAACUGAAUGAACGAGAAAAGGAAGUUGAGGCUCUUUUAACACAAGUCAAUGCUGAUAAGAACCAAGCUUUUGCCUUUGAUGAACUGAAGAAAACCAUGGAAUUGACACGAGCUCAUUUACAGAAACAGUUAAGAGCUCGCGAAAUGGAAUGUGAACGUCUUAACGUCCACAUCAAGAGCACAGAGAAAAACCAUGAGCAGGACAGAUUUGAAGCUGAACAUCUGAGAGGUCUUGUGGAAGCUUUAAACGUGAAAGCACAAAAGGAGAAAGACGCUUUGAAGAAAGCUGCUCGACUUCAAAAGGAUCGUGCUUCGGAAUUAGAGAAGAAUGUUGAAACACUUCAGACGAAACUAGAUGAGACAUCGCUGAAACUAAGACAAAAUCAUGAUGUUACGAAAAAGAAGGAAACAAACUACAAAAUGGAAAAGACCUCUUACGAAACGAAAAUUGGCAAACUGAAAAGUCAUAUCCAUGAGUUGGAGAACGAAUUGGCAACAUCACAAAGUACAGCCAAGGCCAACAAUGAAGCUUGGAACACUAAAGUUCAUACCCUUAUGAAAGAAAACAGCAGUCUUCGGUCUGAGAAUGAGCGGCUUAAGAUUGAAGCUGAAGGUUUUGAAGAAAGAUUAAAAGCCGAGGAAGAAAGAAACUUUGCAAAGAUCGAUAAGUAUCGACGUGAGGUCGACGAAGCUCGUGUAAUGGCUCAGGAAAAUGAAGAUUUAUUGAAUAAAGUAAAACAAGAUGGAAAUAUUGAAACAGAGAAGGUGAGGAUUACUAUGCAGAAGCGAAUUACAGAGCUGGAACCGGUUGCUGAACUUUUCAAAGCUUCAGAACAUCGUUUGCAAGAGGCUCACAAUAAAAUUGUCGAGUAUGAGCGAAGGACUAGUGAUCACAAACAAUUGAUAACAGAACUAACUCAAAAGGUCGAGAUGCAGAGUGAUCAGUUGGAAGAAACUCGAGAAAAAUGGCGAAGUGCCGAGGACUGUUACAGGGACUGUGAAAAAAGAUUGGAAUCAUUUGAAGCGAAAUACGAACAAUUGAUGAAGGAGAAUCGUGAUUUAAUCGCUUCUCUUAGUCGAGGAGACGAAGCUUUGAAACAAACUCAGGAAAAACUGGAGGAAAAGAAAGAAACUGUUGCUAAAUUAACGUAUCAACUAGAGGCAGCUUUUGCCGAUGCUAGACGUCAAGCAGAAACUCUACGUGAAAAAAAUAUAGCGAAGGAACGAUCAUCUCAUGCACGCAUUGCAGAAUUAGAAGCUCAAUUAAGUCGCGCUACAGCAAAUGUUGCUCAAAUGAAACGAGAGAAAGAUGAGGUUGAACAUCGUUACACUUCACGUCUUAGUGAUAUGCGCGAUCGUCUAGACCAAGCCAACACAACCACACGAAGCAUGCAGAACUACGUAUCCUUUUUAAAAUCAUCUUACAGUACCGUUUUUGACGAUAUUGAUGAAGCAAGAUGAUAUUUCUACCUCGGAUGAAACUGUAGUUAGUUUUGACUUUGCUAAGUCUCUUGAUCAUUUCUUGCAUCAUGAGAGUCAGACGAAAGAGAACAUUUCAUUUUUAUCCAUGUAUUUACGAGUGUAUAUAUAUAUUUUAACUAGACAUUUUUCAAAUUUUUUUAU